GUGGCGCUGCGCACCCGGCCCCGGCGCUCCGGGAGGCGUGGGCCGCGGCCACGGGAUACGCACCUGCCCCGCCUCCGCCAGGCGGGCCACGGGGCAUGCAGUCGGCCGGGGGCGGGGCUCUGGGGACGGGACGCUGCGGCGUGUUUUCCGACAGCCUCCGCCAGCUGGCCCCUGCCGAGCUCCUGAUGCUACUCUUGGACGCGGACGGGCCGGAGCCGGUGCGCAGCGGGGCGCACGAGCUCGCUCUCUUCCUGACCCCCGAGCCCGGGGCUGAGGCGAAGGAGGUGGAGGAGACCAUCGAGGGCUUGCUCCUCAGGCUGGAGGAGUUCUGCAGCCUGACUGACAUGAUCAGGAGUGACACCUCACAGAUCCUGGAAGAAAACAUCCCACUCCUUAAGGCCAAGGUGAUGGACAUGCGUGGCAUCUACGCCAAAGUGGACCAGCUGGAGGCCUUUGUCAAGAUGGUUGGGCACCACGUCUCCUUCCUGGAAGCCCACGUGCUUCAGGCCGAGCGGGACCACGGGGCCCUCUCACAGGCCCUGCGGAAGUGGCUGGGCUCCUCGGGGCUCCCCGCCUUCAGGAACGUGCAGCCUCCAGUCUCCACUCUUCUAACCGGAGCAUCACCCUCGCGGUCACCCUUCAUAGAGACAUUCUGCCGUCCAGGCUCCCGGAUCAUGAUGCAGCCCCUCCUCCAAUUCCCGCAGAAGCCGUGGACGCCGGCAGGCCCGACUUUCCAGCUGCCCGCGUUGUACAGAACGGAGGACUAUUUUCCCGUGGACGCUGAGGAAGCGACGCCCCAGGCCCCCAGCUGCCGAAGGCGUCUGUGACCUCGUGGUCCCGCCAUCAGGGACGUCGGAGAGUGAAGUCUGUGUGCCGAGCAGAUUGGUUCUCUUUUUUUUGUCUGGUCGUGGAUUCCUUUUCUGACUUUUCCCCUUUGUCUCAUGGGCCCAUGUGGUUUGGAGAAGCAGGUGGAGCCCUCGGGUGGCGGAGCCUCGGAGGUGAGCUGGAGAAGGCCUUUGUCACCCGCGUUUGGCCUGCUUGGUGUUCGGGACGAGGGCCGCCUGGGUGAUGGGCUGUGGGGACUCCUCGAAGGGCUUUGCUCAGUAAUCAUGGAGUGUCACCCGGUGCCGCCUCGGUACCUGGCUCCAGGUGCAUCUGUGUUGGCUGGUUGUCUGACUCCCAGUGCCCCCCACCCUGUGAAGCAUCUCAAUAAAGGUGACAAGAGGUCA